CGCCACGACUGCGACCACGCCGUGUAGCGCGACGAAGCUCGAAAUAUUCCUCGCCUCUGCCGACUAUAAUCUGCUAAAAUGCCGCCCGUACCGCUGGGCACGCUCCUCCGCAGAACGAUCCCGCCCACGUUCCGCUGGCCGCUGAAGUUCUGGACGUACACGACGCUGACGACCUAUAUCCUCUCUGUCCUCACCGGCAACGUUUCCCAGGUCGACCGUGUGUGGACGUUCUUGCCGACAAUAUACAGCGCGUACUAUGCGUUGCUGCCGCUGUGGCCGCACACUUCUCCGUUGCCGCUGUUCCCUUAUGUUCCGAGGGACACCCCGAGGCGGAUGGUGAUGGAUCCGAGUCCGAGGGCGCUGGUCAUGGUGGGCUUGCAGGUGAUAUGGAUGCUGCGACUAAGCUACAACACUUGGCGUCGCGGGCUCUUCAACAUCCAUGAGGAAGACUACCGCUGGCAAGUCCUGCGCGAGAAAAUCCCCAGAUGGCUCUUCCAAGUAAUCAACUUUACGUUCAUCGCCGUAAUCCAAAACAUCAUCCUCUUCCUCCUCGCCAUUCCCACGCACAUCGCCGCCUCGCAACCGCACGCCCCGCUCGCCACGUCGGACUACAUCCUCGGCGCGCUCGCGCUGCUCACCCUUGCAGUCGAGUUCACCGCGGACAACCAGCAGUUCUCGUUCCAGACGUUCAAGCGCACGGGGUUCCUGGAGAUGAAGGAGUGGCCGGGAGGCCGCAUCCGCUGGACGGAGGAGGACGUGAAGCGGGGGUUCGUGACGCGCGGGCUGUGGGCGUGGUCGCGGCACCCGAAUUUCUUGUGCGAGCAGACGUUCUGGAUUAUCAUGACCCUCUUCCCCCUCGUCGCCCCGGGGCGCCCCUCGCUCCCCUCGCUCCCGCCACACUCUAUCACGCCCUUCUGGCCGCUCACCCCUGCGAUCGUCCUCUGCCUGCUGUUCUUCUCUUCAACCCUCUUUACCGAGAGCAUCUCGCGGGGCAAGUACCCCGAGGCGUAUAGGGCGUACCAGAAUCGCGUGGCGAUGUUCGUGCCGGUGCUGACGCCGGUGUGGGGGCUGUUGUUGAAGCUCAGAGGGGAGAAGGAGCGGGUGGAUGCGAUGCUGUGGGGGCAGGAGGAGAAGAAGGAGCAGUGAGUAGGAAUAGUGAUAGGAGGGUGGAUCUAUUUUGGCGAUGUUAGCUUGGCAUUGAGCGUUGAGUGUACGUAGUAUAUCUUGUUGUAUUGUGCAAAAGGUUGUCAUUAGGGUGAUUGAAUACACGUCGUCACUAUGCAAAGCCAUACUUUUGCUGUGCAGUGUUAGUGUCUUGUCAGAUGUGCAAGUGUGCGGGACCUCGUGGAUUAUGUUGAUUGCUGUUCUCCCGGAUUGCCAACGGUUGGUAACACAGCUCCUUGGGGUUUCGGUAUUGUCACGUCCUCUGCGUUCACUGCGCGGAUGGAGUCGAUACCGAGCUCGUACGGCCCCUCCACACCGCUAUUCCCGCCUAGCAAGGAUAUGCCUAUCGACCUAACCUUAUCCCGCGCCAUCGUCAUCUCCUUACUCGCCACCUCCCCGGCGUUGGUGAGUACAAAGUCGUCGAACGGAAUGUAGAGGUCCUCCCAGGCGCCGUCGUCGCGGUUGAAGAAGAGGCGGUGCUGCCAGAUGUCGGUCGUGAUGGGCCCGUCCAUCUGGAGGUUGACGUAGUAGGAGUGCCGGGUGCGCGGGUCGCCCGCGGCGCGCACGCGCAGGGCGAGGUACUCGUGGAAGGUGACGUCCUCGGUGAUCUCACCGAAGAGCGUCGGUCUUGUUCCGGAACCCCGCGUACCCGCCGCGCACGCGCCCCUCGAGCUCCUUCCGCACCGCGAGGCGCAUGUCGCCCCAGAACUUCCCCGUCGG